UACUGUUUCCGUAUUUUGACUUUUCGGCCUAGUCAGCAGCCGGCGUGGAGCAUGUUGGUAAACACACUAUGGAGUACUUGUACCGAUUUUCUUCACAUGCGCGUACAGUACAGCUGCUGAGCAGCAUCUGAUACUGUAUGCUGUGCUCGGUGUGCUGCUUGCUGAACCAACUUUUAAAUUUUAUUUUCUUCUGAGCGUGCUAAGCCAUUAGCACGAGACGUGGAUAUGUUGAGAAUAAUGGAACAGUGUAGUGACUGUAGUCCACAUCGAUAAGCAGCUGCUGUGGAGGUCCAUUUAGAUAAGCCAUGGAUGCUCGGGUUUCCACUCUAACACCACGUUGACCAUCGCAUGCGAUUAUUAUACCACCAAAGUUUCUUAUUUGUGCCACCUGCUACAAUUAUUCGCUUAACCAGAAUUACUGCCAAUUACGAUGAGUACUUGUAUACGUCGAUCGUCGCAUGCGAUUAAUUUUAGUAUGCCACCCAUGUUGUUUAGUUGUGCCACCGAUGCUAAUUAUUUGUUAAAUCAGUAACACUUUCCAUUACAAUGAGCACUCGUACCAAACCAUUACGCAACACCACGCAUGUUGCCAUUCCUUCACGACCGAGAACCUCCACGAAAGCGAUGGAUGCUUGGGAUAAAGAUCAUCACCACGCCGAGCUGAAGGAACUACUUCGUCCGCUGCAUCCCGGAUUUAUCUGCGUCCUGACCAAGACAUUUUUGGGAUGUGGUGGACAGACAGUAGUCGGGGUGUACGUUGCAGAGAAUCUGGCAACCGGGGAGAAGUAUGCGGCGAAACGCUUACCAGCAGAUGAUCCGAAAGUGGUGGAAGACACCAUUACAGAAUACCGCCUUAUACACAAUAUACAGCAUCCGAAUUUAGUUAGAUAUUAUGGAAUUGAGCUUAAUAUAACUGUCCCCGGGCCAUAUGUCAUGGGACCACGGGAUGAGCUGUGGUUAAUCAUGGAGCUUUGCGAAGAUUACACCUUAAGAGAUAUGGCCAAGAGAAAUCUAAGUUUUGAGAAGAUAGUGGAUAUCGCUCAGCAAGUCCUCCGCGGUCUCCACCAUCUACACGAGAGAAAAAUUGUUCACCGUGACCUCAAGUGCCAAAAUGUCCUAGUGGGCCUGGAUGGCACUAUAAAGCUGGCGGAUUUCGGGCUGAUCAAGAAACUAGAAGGUACCAUGACUAAGACCAAUGAGCUACAGCCCGAUACGGGUACGCUGCGCUACAUGGCUCCCGAAGUACUCGAUGGCACCAGCGGAGAGUACAAAAUAGGCCGCCGAAGCGACAUUUGGAGCUUCGGAUGUAUGCUGCCGGAAAUGCUGACCGGGAAGGCUCCCGAAUAUGCCGUUGAAUUUACCAACGUCGGCAAGGCAGCCAUGCAUAUUAUCGAAGGGAAUGGUCCGCUGUUCCCGUCAGGACUAUCCGAUCGGUUCUCUCCAGAACAGAUCCGGGUACUCCAACAGGUUUUUCGACGAUGCAUCGUCAAGGAGCCGACUAAUCGGCCCCACGCAACAGACCUACUCAAAGAUUUCGAAGGGGACUUUUUACAACUGAAGCCGAGAACCGACGUGGAUGAGCUAACCCGCGCGUUGGAUUCGUUUGUUAUCAGCAACGACAAUCGUCGCCCCGUGACGCAGCCAACAUCUUUUGAUGGUGGCGGCGACCUUUUGUGCAGCGCGCGGUCGCUUCUGAUGGAUGCCAGCAGAAUGAAGGACAAUCCCUUUCCCAAACGAGAAGUGGCUAAGUUCCGCUGGCUACCGUUUGGGUUCGACCGCUACAUCAUGGUACAUACAAAGGACGCAAAAACAUUCAUCUCACAGUUCAUCAGUGGGCAGCGUAAUCCACUAUCCAGCCGCGUUUCUGUCGGGAUUCUGGUGGAGUCGUUGGACAGUGACCUUACGCUGUAUGCACAAAGAGCAAAAAUUCACGCGGGUACACUGGAUGCGAUGAAAGGUCACGCGUUGGACACAUUGUUCGUGUGGCCCAACGGCGCGGCUCGCCGCGAGGAUAUGUGGACCAUCAAAGAUCAGUUAGUCAGGGUCUUCUCUUUUUCCGCCGCGCAGCUGAUCAUCGUUGGAUCAUUGGCAUCGCCAGAAUUUUUGAAAGCACGGAGUCGAUGGAAAGAUCUGGUGCAGGACGCCAAAGAUGCUCAGCGUCUUGUCGGAGCACCUCCGUUUGUCGCCCACCGAAGCGCAUAACCGUCCAUUUGUCUACUAUUAUUGACGAACCGAACCAUGGUUGUCUCAUAGAUCCUUGAACAAUACUAUCCUCCUUCGUACUUUGUUAAAGUUUAUCUAAAAGAAUAAUUAUUGUCUUCUCCGAAUGUUUUUACUGGGUUACUCCUCAGGAUCAAAAAGGUUUCCGUACAACACUUCUACACGUAGUACACUUUGACAAGUCUUCUACCAAUACUGGCAAUUUCCUGUACAUGCUGCGCGUCCACGCAUUAACGUAAUGCUGAUCCGCUGUUUCAAAAAAUGGGUAGAUCGCUUCCCUUGUGCCUUCCCAAGAAGCGUUUUUCCAGUAACAUUAGUUCUAGCCUAUGCCC